AUGUCGGUUUUGGAGCCAGUUAUUAAGCCAGUCACUCAGCCGCCCGUCAGUGCUGUGCGAGAGACUUUCAGGUUAAACUUCACCAUCACUAACCUCUUCUACUCGUCCGAACUGAAACAACCCAAUUCAAAUCCUCACCGACUGAACAAGCUGAUGAUUGAGCAAGCGCUUGACAACAUUUUCAGAAAUAGCAGCGUCAAGAACUACUUCGCUGGCUGUUCAGUUGAAAGCUUUAGGCCCAUCUCCGGGAAAACUUACACUGGUAUUAAUGCCAUCUGCAAAUUUAUGCUGGACAGCACCUCCAGGGCCUUUCAAAGAGAAGAAGUGUAUGAGGAGUUUAAACAUCUCACCAACGGAGUCACUCAGCUGGGGGACAGCUACACGCUAGACAAGGAUAGCUUGCUUGUUAAUGAUUAUUCUCCUCUCAACACAAUGGCAGGAGAGCCUGGUAGAUCGGAGCUCCCAUUCUGGGCCAUAAUCCUCAUCUGCCUCUCGGCAUUGCUUGGCUUGAUUCUUCUCCUCCUCGUGUGUUUCUUGAUUGCCUUUUGUCUGAGAAGAAAGGAAGGCUUGUACGACGUCCAACAGAGCAUAUACGGGGUCUAUUUCCCACACCUGGACAUGAGAAAAAUGCAUUGACGAACGUAUUGCCGAGACGAACUCCUUGCACUCAGAAGUGUCUCUUCUCACUGACUCAUUCAUCCACCAAGAGAGAAAAAAUGUUUACAACUGCAGUAAAGAAUGUUCUAUUUUUCCCUUAGUAAAUUAUGAUUAGCCCGAGACACAUCUUUCCUUGUGGCCUUUAUACAGAAAACCUUUGCACUGAUCCCAGCAAUUAUUUUGUACUGUGGAAAACUGCCAGCAAUGAAGAUGUAUUGGGGAUAGAUAUUUAUUUUUUUACGCACUGUGGGAUUUUGAGCAAAUGUUAUACAUCCAAAAAAUAAAACAGAAAAUGAAGUGAACGCUAGAUGUAUGCAGUCUACAGAGCUCCUCAGUGUUAUGUAGUUUUUCUGAAGGGGGAGAUUAAAAUUAUGCUCAUUUAUGGUGUUUUAGUUACUAACUAUUGUAAAUGAACAAACCCAAGAAAAAAGCACUUUAAUUCUACUUUGUUUGU